AUGGAACAUGAUUGUUUAGAACGGCAGCACCAAACUAGUGGGUUACUGGCAGAUGCUGCUGGUCAUUAUGAGUUGAGCGAGUCAAAGUAAGUUAGCCAAAGCCCUAGCCCAGAGCCCUAGCUCAGAGCCCUAGUCCAGAGCCCUAGCCCAGAGCCCUAGUCAAGAGUCCUAGGCCAGAGCCCUAUCCCAGAGCCCUAGCCCAGAGCCCUAGCUCAGAGCUCUAGCCAAGAGUCCUAGCCCAGAACCCUAGCCUUAACUCUAACCGUAGCUUCGCCUUUAGCUUUAGAUUUUUCCCUGUCCCGAGCUAUAGCUGUAGUCUUAGCCGUAGCCUUAGAUCCAGUCCAAGCCCUAGCUUUUGCCGAACUCUUAACCUCAGUGCUAGCCCAGAGCCCUAGCCUCAGCCCUAUACUAGAGCCUUAUCCCAGAGCGCUGGCGCUAGCUAGCUUUGGUCUUAGCCUUAUUCCUAGCUUUAAUACUAGACACAGCCAAUUUAUAAAAUUUUUAGUCGAUUCAUAGCUGGCAGAGAUGGUAAAAAGCGCUUACGAGAAAAUACCGGUCAAUUUUUCUGUCGUCAUUGGAAGAAUUUUUGUCAUUUCCUGGUCGAAGAUUGGUUUAUAUCAGCAUUCUUGGGCUUUAGCACGGCAGCUUUGUCGAUAUUGGUUGACGUACUAUAUGAGUAUCUUAAACAUUGUGAGUAUUUGGUAGUAAACUUUGAAUUUGAGCAUUUAGUACUAUGACAUAAAAUUUAGCACUAUAAAAUACCAUUUGAAGAUUAUGGUACUACGACUUACUAUUUAGUACUAUAAACUACCAUUUUAGACAAGAUAGUACUAUACGACGCAGCAAUAAAAGUCGACUACGUUGUCGGCUUCACCUGCUGGGUCAUGUACAUGGUACUUUUCGUUGGUGCUGGCGCUCUAUGCUGUAAGUACAUCUCCAAACAAGCUAUGGGUAGUGGCAUUCCCGAGCUCAAGGUCAUCAUGAAUGGCUUCGUACUCCACAAUUACUUAACAUUGAGGACGUUGGUUGCCAAGAUGUUGAGUUUGAUUGCCAUUUUGGGUUGUGGCAUGCCAAUGGGCAAGGAAGGGCCCUUCGUACAUAUGGGAGCGAUCAUUGCGAAUUUAUUGAGUAAAGCAACCCGUUCGUUUCGACAUAACGCGUUUUAUGCAAAUGAAGGAAGGCAUAAUGAACUUUUAAGCAGGGGAUGUGCUGUGGUGAGUGAUGAUACCUAAAAAAGUUUAAAACUUUACAAAACUAUACUAUAAAUCUCUUCGGUACCUACUAUAAUAUAAUUUUUGUUUCGAUACCUACUACAAUAUAACAGAAAAAUAAUAUUAAAAUAGACGUUUUACAGCACGGCACGUCAAGAAAAUGAUUUAAAAAAAAAUAGAAACAGCUUUGCAGAAAAAAUCCUUGGCAUUUAGCAUCAAGAGCAAAAAUAAAACUUUUUAUCUUUGACUCUUUUUUACUGAUAUUACUGCUUGUUUAUUGUAGCCAAAUUGAAUGGAAAAUGGUCAAUAAUACUUGAAUUUUAAUUUAAAAACAAUUUUAUGACUAGUUUUUACUUAUCCGUUGAGCAAUAAAGCGUUGAAGAGAGUUUAGUUCCGACAAGAAGAAACGCGGGUGGUCGUUAUCUAAAGUAAGGUACAGGGUGUUCCGAGAAAUUUGGUCGCUGGAAAUAAUUCAUAACUUUGCAACUAUGCAUCCUAAAAAUGCCAAAUUUGGCACAGUGGUAGAACAGGCUAGUACAUUUUUUUAUGGAAAAUUUUGUUUUUUAAAAGUGCAAAUUACGGUCAUUGUGAAUUUUUAAAAAUCAGCAUUUCACACCGAAAUUACACAUAUUUUGGUUGUAAAUGAACAGUUUUCGUCGACUUUUGACAUUUUUUGCUUUCUUUUUUGGAAAACCGCGUUUUUUGUGUCUGCGAAGCCUCGGCGGAAGAUCGGCGGACGUAGCCGAGUAUCGGCGAAGACUAUAACUUGGUUCAAAUUUGUCGUACCGACAUGAAACAAAAAACUACACUAUUUUGAGUACGGUACUAUAUAUUGUGAUAUGAAAUAUUUGGGUACGGCAUGGGUAUGGAUAAAGGUAUGGGUAUAAAUAUGGGUAUGGGCAUGGGUUCGGUAUGGGUACGGGUAUGGCAUGGGUAUGGCAUGGGUAUGGGUACGAGGGUGGAUAUGGAUAUUGGCAUGGAUACGGGCAGGGACGUCGUUUGGGGGAGGGGGUAGGGGGUACCCUUUUCCCCCAAAACCAAUCCGGAAAAAAAUUCCACAGGUCCUGUACGCAAAAAAACAAAAAAAAAGUUUUGGGAAAUCGGUCCACAGAAAAAAUUUAUUUCGGUCUCCCCCUCCCCCAGAGAAAAUCCGUAGCGACGUCCCUGGAUACGGGUACGAGUGGGUACGGGUAGGGGUAUGACAUCAAUGUGGGUAUGGAAUGGGUACGGGUAUGGGUUUGGCAUGAGUAUGACAUUGGUAUGGCAAGGGUUUGGCAUGGGUAUGGGUACGGGUAUGGCAUGGGUUUAACAUAUUUUUAGAACAAAAGUAAAUUUUUCUGAAAUUAAAUUAUGAUUUGAAAACAGUGUUCUUUAAAUUUGGAAGUUAUUAGUUUUUUGUUUCAUGUCGGUACGACAAAUUUGAACCAAGUUAUAGUCUUCGCCGAUACUCGGCUACGUCCGCCGAUCUUCCGCCGAGGCUUCGCAGACACAAAAACGCAGUUUUCCAAAAAAAGAAAGCAAAAAAUGUCAAGAGUCGACGAAAACUGUUCAUUUACAACCAAAAUAUGUGUAAUUUCGGUGUGAAAUGCUGAUUUUUAAAAGUUCACAAUGACCGUAAUUUGCACUUUUUAAAAAAACAAAAUUUUCCAUAAAAAAAUGUACUAGCCUGUUCUACAACUGUGCCAAAUUUGGCAUUUUUAGGAUGCAUAGUUGCAAAGUUAUGAAUUAUUUCUAGCGACCAAAUUUCUCGGAACACCCUGUAUAUCUCUCAAAAAAUUCGCUUUUGGAUUAUUUAUUUUACUUUGGCUAGAUUAAGCAUAUAAUAAGGAUUAAUUUGAUAUACAGUUCAUAUAAAUAGGUUCGCUAGUUUUUCAGCUACAGUUUAGGGUUUCCUUAUAUUGCAAUCAAUAUUGAUGUAGGUGAUCAAGGGUUUUUUGAAAAUUCGAAGUUUAUGUUUAUACCUAAAUAUAAUGUUUCUAAAUGGGUAAGAAAGAUAGUUCAUUACAUUUUAAGUAUAUUUUUACAUUUUUUUAUAAAAUUCGUGCACUUGUUGAUGAAAAGCUUUCGAUAUUGUUUUAGAUGGUCAAGGCUUUUUUCAAAAGUUUGGAAUUGAUGUUAUAUCUAAAACUAACGUCCCGAAACGAUUAUUACAGACCUUUUAACACUUUUACUUAUCAUUUAGCCGUGAUAAACCAUGAUUAAUUUAAAAAAUAUUACUUUAGGGUAUUGCCUGCACCUUCAGCUCUCCAGCUGGCGCUGUAUUGUAUGGACUCGAGUCGACUCAUAAAUAUUUCUCUGUAAAGUCGUACUGGCCAUCUUUCUUUGCCACAACAUGUGCUUCAUUGUUAUUUUGCUUUGCUACACGACUAAUUAUUCCAAGGAACAUCGCCGCCGCCAUUACCGCCUAUUAUCAGACAAACUUCCCGACUGAACUGUUCGUGGCCGAAGAAGUGCCGGUUUUUGUGUUCAUGGGGUAAGUUAGUACAUUUUCUUUUUUUUAUAAUUUUAGGUAAUUGGAACUAGUUGGACGAUUAAAUAAUGGCAUUUGGCCUCAAAAACGGCCUAAAAUGAGGUGAAACUGCUCUUUUUAGAUGUUUUUGGGUAAUAACUUGAUGUUCUUUGAUCAGAGUCUGAAGUUUUCACAAAAAAAGUUAGGACAUAUAGCGGUAACUAGUAUGUGUUAUCUUUUAGAGUCCUAAGUGGCCUAAUGGGAGCACUAUUCUUGAUUGUAUACAAGCGUUUCCACACCAUGGUGAAGAUCAACAAGCAUUUCUUGCUACUUUUUGGUAAGAAGUAAGUUUAUAUCACAAAAGCAAUUUAUUCUAUAACAUAUUAUGAUGUUUAACAUCAUAAAGUCAAUUUUUCUAUAUCAAUAUAACGCCGUAAUAGGUUAAUAUUGGCAGAAGCAACACCUUAUGCUCUGGACAUAUUCUUUCGUAUAAAAUGUCGCUUUGAAUACCUAAUUUUGAAAAAUGACAUUUAUACAUCAAUAAGCUUUCAAAUAUUUAUAUUUUCGAUUUUUAAACCAGUAAAUUUCAGUGGAAUCGGCUACACCGUGCUGGCCGCCUUCUUCAUUGCUGUUAUGACAUUCCCAGAUGGACUUGGUCGCUAUUUCCAUGGUCGAUACACAUUUCAAGAGACCUUACAUGAUCUGCUGAACAAUUGUAGCAUGGCUUUGAGGAACUCAUCAACAUCAUGUAGUGAUGAAGUGCUACACAGAUGGACGUUGGACAAAAGUACUGCCCCGAUCGAUGUUUUUGCUGGAAUGAUGAGAUAUUUUUUGAUCAUGGUGAGUUUAUAUGGUAAUACUAUGAGCUGAAAUUUUGUAUAAUAAUGUAGUGUAGAAUGGGGAAGGUUUUUGUAAAUUGAAAUUUUUCAAUUGGAUUACUGUAACACACUAUAUUUCAACUUUCUUGAGGAGUUGAAGAGACGAAGCGUGUCUUUUGUUAAAAAGUGUCAUUUUGAAAGAACUGUAAUAUGUAAUGACACAAUUUUUUCAGUAGUAAUGUAAAAUGGUCUGGCGAACAAUUUUGUAAUUGAUUAUUUUUUUGUGUGUUUACUUUAACACUCGAAAAAUCUUUUUAACAUCUACGAAAAUCGAUCUUUUUCGAAAUUUUUGAAAUUUAAACAGUUUUUUCGGUGAAUUUUAGUGGUAAUAAAGCCUAAAUACAUUUAAGAUACACUGUAUUAGCUUCAAGUAUACUGUAACAAAUAAAAAACCAAAAUUUUACAGUUUGUUUUCGUACCAACGUGCCUAACACUCAGCGUGCCUUCCGGAAUCUUCAUUCCAGCUUUUGUCUCUGGAGCUGUUGGUGGUCGAAUGAUUGGUGAAGUGAUGGCAUUACUCUUCCCUGAUGGUAUUAGAGGAGCUGAUGGACCUCAAAUAUACCCUGGUUUGUAUGCUGUAGUUGGUGCUGCUGCCUAUACUGGAGCUGUUACUCAUUCAUUGUCUAUCGCUGUUAUUGUAUGUGAAACUACUGGACAGUUGAGUGCUUUGUUGCCUGUUUUGGUAAGGUUUUGUUGUGAUAAUGAAGAUAAUUUUUGAAAUUUCAGGAUUUUUAAAUGGUAUAUAAAGGUAUCAAAAAGUUUUGUCGCCGGUAUGUGUUUGUUAUAACAGUUUAAAGCGACAAAACUUUUUUGACAAUACCGCAAGAAUGUGACGUAUUUUACCUAUAAAGAAUGUAUUAAAACGCCAUGUUUUAGAUAGCACUGAUGAUUGGAAAUGCUAUUUCCAGCUUUCUACAACCAAGUAUAUACGAAGUAAUCAUCAUGUUGAAGAAGUAUCCUCAUUUGGUUGAUUUACCGCCUUCAAGAAAAAGGUAGGUUAGAACAAUACUCUAAUUUGCUUCAACCUAUCCUUACCAAUUCCCCCUAUUAUUAUCUCUACCUAUACCUUUGCCCUUAUUUCUUACUCCUCAUGCCCUACCCCAACACUCAUCCCUACUCCUAUCCCUAUCUUUCCGUACCCUAGCCUAAACUUAACUUCUUUGUUCAAUAAUAAUCGUAUUUUACUUUAGUGUCUACACAGUGAAAGUACAACAAAUAAUGGUGAAAGACGUUGUAUACAUCAGUAGAAACACUACUUACAAAGAGCUGAGAGAGCUGUUGAUAUCUACACCACAAUUGAGAGCUUAUCCGUUGGUUACUAAUGAUGGUAGGUUGAAAAAAUGAUAAAUAUUGUCAAAACUUAUAGAUAUUAGGACUUUUUGUUUUGUUGCGAAGUGUAAAUAUUGAUUUUUUGUUUUUUUGCGAAGUGUGAAUAUUGAUUAUUUGGUUUUCCGUUUCGUUACUGAAUGUCAAUAUUGAUUUUUCGGUUUUUUUUUGCGAAGUGUCAGUAUCGACUUUUUAUAAUGUUGCGGAAUGUCAAUAUUGAUUUUUUAACUUUAUUUUAAAUUUUUUUUCUAACCAAAUGAUAUUAAUAAAAUUUUUCUUCAGAAGAACGAAUUCUACUUGGCUCAGUAUCACGUCGAUACCUGAACCUCUUGGUAUCGAUAAAACUUGGCUUUGAUCCAGCGUUACAAAAGAAAAGAAGUUUAAACCAAAUUCCAAUGCACAUUAGAAAUAGUUUUGGUACUAACUUACUUGGACACACAUUACUGUCUAGUAGUCCACUUCAUGAGGGCAAAGGUAGGUUUAUUGAUUGGAAAUUUAAAAAAUUGAUAGAGAAAUUGAAUAACUGGUAGAAAUUUUAAAUAUUUUGGGUAGCUUUUGCAAUUUUUUAUGUUAUUAUUGUGGUAAUGGCUACCUGCUAUUAAGGCCUUGAAGAUACUACGAUAAUUUUAAAUUGGAUUUUUCAGAACAUCACAUAAAUGGCAAUAAUAUGCGACGCUCAACGAAAUCUGAUCCUAAUUUUAAUGUUUUGGUAAGUAUUAUAAUUGUUACGUACCUUUGAAUACUGGGUGGGCUUGGGUUAGAGGUUAGCAAGUGCAGGGCUUGGGUAAGGGUAUAAUUCAAGAUUUAGCAGGAUUGAAGUAGGGCAUGGUAGUUUAGGAUACAUCAGUAGGAAAGCAACGUAGCAGAAAGAAGGAUAAUGGCUGGGUAUAGUUGGGUAGGUAGGACAAGGAAAAUGAGGGCAAGAUAACUUAAAGUAACGUAGAGUGAGGCAAAGUAUGGUUGAGCAGAGUAAGGUAGGGUAAAAUAAGGUAGGGUAAGUUAAGGCAACGUAAAGUAGAGUAAGGUAGACUUAGAGUAGGGCAGGGUAGGGUAGAGUAGAGUAGUGCAAGGCAGGGUAGAGUUGAAUAGGGUGGGAUAGGGCAAGGUAAUGUAGGGUCGGGUAAGCCGAACUUUCAAAUUUAAAAUUUUUUGUUUUAGAGUGACAAGUCUUUGGCCUUAAAAGCCUCAAUGUUGGAGACUCCAAUAGAUAUUGAUGAACUGGCCAUUGAUUCAGCACCUUUCCAGCUUGUUCUGGGUACCAGCUUGUAUAAAGUGCACCAGCUUUUCUCUCUAUUAGGACUUAAUCAUGCUUAUGUUACGCAUCGUGGUCGAUUGGCUGGAGUUGUGGCGCUUAGAGAGGUAAUCGUUAAUCCUAAUUAUAUACAGUAGUGUUUUAGCUUACAUAUUUAUAUUUACUUUUAUUUAGGUUGAUAUAGACAUAUACAAGAGUUUUUGCAAAGUCUUGUCGCUUUUUAAUGGGGAACACAGUGUUAAAAAACGAAAAGAUUUUUUUAUGAAACGUUUUAUAAAAAAAAAUAUUUUUACUUUUGUUUCAGCUUCGCAUUGCCUUAGCCGACAUCUACGUCAAAGGAGUAACGUUAAACGAAGAAUUCGACGAAGAUACGACCACUUACAUACCAGAUAUCGACAACCCAGAAAUACUACGCAGUAAAACCCUCACACCAACAUACGAAUGUACAGAAAACAGUGAAAUACACGAUGAUGAUACUGUAUCAGUGGCAUCGCUACCGACUUCAGACGAAAGUCACGAUAAACUUCAGGACGAUGUGCACUUCAAGGCCGGCGAUCAAAGCAGUAGUAGUAGCAAUAACAAAACGAAAUAA